UAAUGAUUCUCCAACCAUUACAAUAAUAAGUAUUCAUCAAUAGAGACAAAAAGAAUCUUUAAGGACUCACUCCCUAUUAGAGAUAGAGAUAUAAUGAACAUCAAUAAUAAUAGAGAAGUUAUAAAAAAUUUAAGCAACCAAAAAAAUUUUCAACACAAUUUCCUUAAAUAAAAAAAGAUGAUACAUAAUAUGAAUUCAGAAUAUUUCAUCAUGUUACAAAUAUGAAAAGUGCACACUUCUAAUCAAAAUAUACUUUGUCUAUGGGAAGCAUUCCUAAUUUAUUAUUACAUACAUAUUUUGAUUAAAUUGUAUUUUAUGAUGUGGCUAAAUUAAAAUCUGAAACAACAAGAAUACCACUUGAAGCUUUAGGAUUAGAUGUACUUGAUAACAUUUGUGCUGUUGCUGGUAUGAAUGGUGAUAUUUUGUUAAUUAAUUUGCUUAAUGGAACAAUAGAUAAAUAGAUAAUCAAUAUAAAAAGAGAUUUUAUCAAUCAUGUACAUUUUUAUUAAAAUUACUUGAUUGCUAAUGAUAAUAGAGGAAUUAUUAGGAUAUUUGAUUAUUAAAAUGGACUCAAAGAGAUAUACUAAUAUUAAGAUAAAGCCUCAGUUAAUUUAACUAGUGUAAAUUAAAGUAAAUAAAUUGCUUUUUGUGGUGAUCGACUAGGAUUAAAUGUUUUAGAUGUUCAAUCAGAUUCUAUUAUACAUAGUUUAGAUCCUCAUAAUGAAUUUGGUUUUGCUGUUGCUUUUAAUCCUUGUAAAAGUUAUGAACUUGCUUCAUCUAGUGAAGAUGGAUCAACUGUCAUCUAUGAUUUGCGUUCACCAAAAUUACCACUAUAAUAAUUUAUUGGAUCAGAUUUCCCAAUCUACAAUAUAACCUAUUCAAAAAAUGGAUCUCAUUUAUUUUUGGCUGAAUCCAAUUCCUAUUUGCAUAUUUUAAAUGCGUAAUAUAUUAUUUUAUUAUAUAGAUCUCAUUAUGAUUCUGUCUAAAGUAUUUAAUUAUAUGGAGAAAUCUCUGGUAUAGCUAAUAAUACAUAUGAUGAAAACAGAUUCUACUUUAGUGCAAGUUGUUCAUUUGGUGAUGGUAUAUGUGAAUAUUCAAAAUGA